UCGUGAGGUUUUGUUGUGGUUUUCCGAGCUGUCCGAUUGAAUUCAAUAUCGAAUUUGGAGUUGUUCGUUGUGAGGUUCUCCGAUCGAGUAUUUUGGCCUUCGGAUUUCUUUAUUAUCGACAAGGAUUAAUUUCAUCGAGCUAUAGAAGGAAGAACGAGACUCGCCGGAAGAAAUAGAGAAUGAGACUCGCCGAAAAAUAUCCCCGAAAAUGGAGUGAAAAUGGAGAAGAAAAGUGAAGAUGGAGAAAAGAGUGAAGAUGGAGAAGAAGGGUUUAUUUUUUUAAUUUAAUAUAUUCUAAAAUAAUUUUUAUACUCAUAUAGCCACGUGUCAUUAUUUUAUUUGUCAAAUUACCAUGUCACCGCGAGUGUAAUUCACACACUUUAAAUUUAUAGUUGAUUGUCAAAAAAAAGGCCCAAUUGGAACAAAGUGUGGAGGGUUUAGGGGCCUGAUAGGAACAGAUCUUAGUUGAGGGGUCUAAGUGAAUUUUGGCAACAAGUUUGAAUGUCUAUCGAUGCCUUUGACCUAUGUAUUAUAUCCAUGCAAAUUCAGGAUCUUGGUUGAGCCAAGUUGUAAUAAUUUGAACUUGAGAUAUGUUAUGAAUAAGUCCAGCCCAAUGUGGAUAUCAAUGUCGCACAAGUUGUUAUCGGGUUGACAAGAGUCAUUGGGCCAAGAACAAGCAAUAAGACUAGGUUAAUUUGGGAUCCAAAUUGAGUAGUUGGCAUGAGAACGGUUUCAUUAUUUAAGGGGUAGUGGUCCGUGAUUCAAGAAUUUUGCAAAUUAUUUUGGUUAUGUUAUGAACCAAUUAUCCCACAUUGAAAAAAUAGAGAAAUGCUAAUGGGUUUAUAGGUCAAAUGGGUUCUCCCACCUGCUAGGCUAGUUUUUUGGGUUGGGUUCUCCCGUUUGGUUUAUAACAUUGGUGCUUUCAUUGAGAGUCUCACGCGUAGAGCCGUGACUCGGAGUGGUGACCUAGACCCAAGAAGGGUGUCAUCCCGUGACCAACGAGGAUCGAUCUAUGCGUGGAGCCGCGACUCCGAGUGGUGAUCUGGACCCAAAAAGGGGUGCCAGCUGUGAUCAACUGGGCCCAGCCAUGACCAACGAGGUCGUUGGUUCUCAAGCAGAGGCAAUUGUUUCUCCCACCUGUCAGACUGGUCUUUUAAGCUGGACUCUCCCAUUUGGUUUAUCACACUCAUCUCCAUUCUUGGUAUGUGCUUCUCAUCCUUUCUAGACAAAAGGUGAGAUAGAGACCGAUAACUUCAGUCCUACACUGUUGUUGUUGUUCUUUUUCUUGUGGAAUAUAAGGUGAAUAUUGUGAUCUCUAUAUAGCAAUCUUUGAUUAAUGGUUGACUAAGAUCAUGACAGUCACUCACUAUUUAUUCUUUUUGUGUGAAUAAUUUAAGUAAUUCUAAUUAAUCAAAUUAAAAUUAUAUACUACUGAAUCAGAAUCUUUUUUUCUAUAUAAAAAAACUCUUUCUAGACCAAAUAUUUGAGAGACAUUUUUUAAUAAAUCAAGUUAGGUACUCCUUCUGUUACAAAUUAUCUACAUGUCUUCGGUUCACUUCGAGAUGCUAUUUACGAAGAAAAGACUAUUUUUUUCUUUAACAGAAGACAUUAGUUUGACUCGAUAUAAAAUUUGAAAAAUAAAAGUUGACUUCUAAAAUUUGUGGUCUUAAAUAUGAUUAGAAGGUAAAGUCACGAUUUGAAGCUUAACUGAUUUGUGAUUCGGAGUUAAGAAUUAAUAGUCAAUGAAUUUUAUAAGAAGAUAAAUUUAGGGUUUGAAUCAAAAUUACAGUUAGUUUCAAUGAAACUCAUAACCCCUAAAUAUGAUAUAAUAUUUGUGUGCAAUUGAAGCUUCUAACUAUGAUACAAUGAAAAAAAAUAAUUCAAAGUUAUGUUGUUUUCAUAUAUAAAAAUGUGUUGCUAUUUUUUUUUUAAUCAAAACAAACUAAUUAUAAAAUAAUAAUGCCACAUAAAUCAAAAUAGGGAAUAUUAAAUUAAUAGUAUACUUACAUAGAAGCCUUUAGGUGUAAUGCCAAAUUAUGGUUUGCACGUCAUAUGAGUAGUGCCCUUCCAUGACAUACCUCUUAUUCAAAAAAUUAUUUUACAAAUAAGAUAUUACUAUAUACAUCUAUAAAUUCAUAAUGUUCUAAUUCAUCUAGCAAUUAAUAUCCAUAUUUGAAGAAAUAUUUCUUAGAGAAAUUAAGAGAGAAAUAUUAUGAAAAUGAAGGUUGUUUUCAUAGCUUUAUUGUUUUUUGUGUUUUCUAAUUUCAUUGAAGCUUAUGAAGGAAUGGAUGUUAUGCAUGUUGUUGGUAAAGUUCUUUGUCAAGAUUGUACUCAAGGAUGGAAUGAAUGGGUUGAAGGUGCUAAACCCAUCAAAGGUAGCAUAGUAUCUCUGACAUGCCUCGAUGAGAGAAGAAGAGUGAUGUAUUACGGAAGUGACCUUACAGAUGAAGCAGGAAUUUAUGACUUGAUCGUUAAUAGGACAACUUGUCAUGGCAAAACAAUUAAGCCACAAAAUUGUUUUGUCAGAUUGGUUUCUUCACCUGACUCGGUUUGCAACAUUGCCACCGACUUCGCCGGAGGAAAAUCCGGCGUAAAACUCCGGCGGCCGGCGGUGGUUUAUCGGGACUUGCUUAAAUAUGUGCUUAGCCCUUUCUACUAUACAACUCCAAUGUGUGAUGAACCUGAUAUUAGUGACAAUGAUGAUAAUUAGGAGACUAAUGAUGAUAAACAUCAAAACAAUUAUUAAUUAAGUUCUUGAUUGUUUUUUCUUUCAUUUACAUGUGUGUUUUCAAU